UUUGCUAACAUAUUCCAGCAAGAUUCUCCCCAUACCUGAUGGAGACAAUUUUCUGACGAAGGAUUUCCUGGAGUAACACAAUUCCAAGCGCCAAAUAUCGUUUAGGCAUAUAUACCACCCUGCUGUGACAGUAAUGGGUCAGAAGAAAAAUUCGCGCAAUCAGGCAAAAAAAGAGGCUCCAUCUCCUCCUCCUCCCCCGGCGGCUAUCAGUAAGAAUGGAAAGAAAGCAGAGGGGAAUUCCAUCUUCAGCUGGAUCUUUGUCUUGGCCCUUCUGGGAGCCUGGACCGCAGUUGGAGUGGUGUGGUUUGACAUUGUCGACUAUGACACUGUUGUAGGCACAUUGGUCCCUUAUGAUAUUGAUGGAGAUGGUCACCUCGGUUUGGAGGAUGCCAAAGUGCUACUUGACAAGAAAAAGACAAUCAAUGUGGCAAUUCCCAAAAAAGAAAAGACAGUGAGGCUGCAAGCAUCAGCUGACAAACUUGUAGGGACCCCAGCUCUUAAGAAAGAGAAGAAAUCAAAACUGAAAGAAGACAUUGCUGUGGAAUCUAAAGAGGUGGUCGAUGCUGAAGAUGAAAAUCUCAGUAUACAGGCUGCCGAAACAAAAGACCGCUUGAGCAAAAAUCUUGGACGUAAACUAAAGUCGGCACUCAAGGAACAGCUGAGGAUAAUUCAUGAGAAGAUUGAAGCAAAAAAGAUUGCUAAGAUGGCACUGGCUGAAGUGCGCACUAUACUGGCCCAAGAGGAAGAGGAAAGGCAGGCAGUUCGAGCCUUGGAGCUGAAGAGACAGGAAGCUGCUCAGAGAGAGAAGGAAGAGGCAGAAGCCAAGCUUCAAGAGGAAAAGGAGAGGAAGGAAAAGGAGGAACGAGAGAAGGAAGCAAAGAGAGUGGAAGAGAUGAGAAUAAAGGAGGAAGCCGAGAAGGAGAAACUGGAGAAGGAAAAGGCAGAAAGGAGUAGGGUAGCCAAGGAAGAGGCAGAAAGAGAGAGGGCAGAAAAAGAAAAACAAGAAAAAGAGAAGGCUGAGAAGGAAAAGUUGGAAAGGGAAAGGCUUGCUAAGGAGAAGGCAGAGAAAGAAAGAGCUGAGGAAAAGGAAAGAGCGGAGAAGGAAAAACUAGCUAAGGAGCAAGCAGAGAAAGAGAGGUUAGCCAAGGAGAAGGCAGAGAAAGAGAGACUUGCUAAAGAACAAGCUGAGAAGGAAAAGCUAGCCAAAGAAAAAGCGGAGAAAGAACGGCUUGCAAAGGAGCAGGCGGAGAAAGAGAGGCUAGCAAAAGAGAGAGCUGAAAAAGAACAGCUAGCCAAAGAGCAAACGGAGAAAGAGAGACUAGCCAAAGAGAAAGCUGAGAAAGAGAGAUUGGCUAAAGAACAAGCAGAGAAAGAAAGGCUAGCUAAAGAAAAAGCAGAGAAAGAACGACUUGUCAAGGAGCAGGCAGAGAAAGAGAAGCUAGCUAAGGAGAAAGCUGAAAAGGAACGGCUAGCUAAAGAGCAGGCAGAGAAAGAAAGGCUAGCAAAAGAGAAAGCAGUGAAAGAACGACUUGCUAAGGAGAAGGCAGAGAAAGAAAUACUAUCCACAGAGCAAGCAGAGAAAGAACGACUUGCUAAGGAGAAGGCAGAGAAAGAAAGACUAGCCAAAGAGAGAGCAGAGAAAGAACGACUUGCAAAGGAGCAGGCAGAGAAAGAGAAGCUAGCUAAGGAGAAAGCUGAAAAGGAACGGCUAGCUAAAGAGCAGGCCGAGAAAGAAAGGUUAGCCAAAGAGAAAGCAGAGAAAGAACAACUUGCUAAGGAGAAGGCAGAGAAAGAACGACUUGCCAAAGAGAAAGCAGAGAAAGAACAACUUGCUAAGGAGAAGGCAGAGAAAGAGAGACUAGCUAAAGAGCGAGCAGAGAAAGAGAGACUAGCCAAAGAGCGAGCAGAGAAAGAAAGGCUAGCCAAAGAGAAGGCCGAGAAAGAACGACUUGCUAAAGAGCAGGCAGAGAAAGAACGCAUUGCUAAGGAAAAGGCAGAGAAAGAAAAACUAGCCAAAGAGCAAGCAGAGAAAGAAAGGCUAGCUAAGGAGAAGGCAGAGAAGGAAAAACAAGCCAAGGAGCAGGCAGAGAAAGAGAGACGUGAGAAAGAAAAGGCAGACAAAGACAAGACCGAGAUGACUACUAAAGAAAAGAAAGAAAAGGUUGACACAGAAAAGGAGAAAAAGACCAAACUUGACAGGAAUAAGGAUAAGGAUAAUGAAGGAGGUGGGAACAGGGAAAAAAUUGGCAAGGAAGAGAGGAUUUCUGUACGGGAUCUGCUCAAGUCAUCCAAAAAGUCUGGAAGCAAAAAAUAGCCCUGUACCUGGGAGAACUGUUAAUCUAUCAGUCUGCAAUAAAAGCAGACUUAAGUGAAAUUGAACAUUGAAUUGGGCCAAGGGUCAUGCCUUCAGACCUGACAAUGGCAUAGUCAAAUGCUGUGAUUCAGAGAUCAGCGCUGACUCUUCAACUGUUCUUUUCUCAGAAGUUUUUUUUUUAUUUUGGUGGUACAGUGCCAAUGAGAAGAUAUCCUUUAUCUUUUUCUGUCCUUCACUCUUCUGAAAAAUCCCAUCUAUCUCUACACAUCUCUUUUUCUCACGUAACAUUCUAUUACUUUUCUUCAAGAGCGUACGAGAAGUUGGUACCAUGGACCCAUCAACCUUGAAAUGACUGUCAAAAUGAUUUUUAAAAACAAAAUUGUGAAAUUGUGAAUAUCCAUUUAUUGACAUGGUGCAUUAGUCUGGCAGCUUCAUCAAUUGUCUCAUUACUUACUGGCAUAUUUUCGGAAUUAUCAAAUCGAGCAUAUGGGUUUGUCUCAAAAGGCAUAGAAGAAGAAGUUAGCAUGCCCAUUUGUUAUUGUUGCUACCUGGUUAAAAGAUGUUUUCUGUUUGAAACUGAAAUGUGAGCAUUUUUUCUUUUACAGCUCAAAUCAAGUGAACAUUAAUGAUGUUCAUUAGGCUACCUGAGAUAUGUUAACUAGGUUUAGUGGUUAGUGUACAUCUGCUGUGUGUAUUGACUAGCAUUUUGCUAGGAAGGUCAUUUCUGCUGCAUAUAAUAUCUGCAUGUAACAGGUUAUUUGGAAUAGUAAGAGUGUUCAUGUUGUCUCUGCAAACAAUCAAGUGAACUCUAUUUUUGUAGAGAAUACUCUUAUGCCUGACAGUUGAGUGUUUUUCUCACUGCAUGUUGUACAAUGUACAAGAAGUUAGUCAGCUGUAAUAUAAUUGGUUCUGACUGAUAUUGGCAAAUAUGCCGAAAGAGAUGCCAAUGUUUCAUUUUUUCUUUCAUUUUUCCUUCCUUUUUGAUAAUUGAUAACUGAAUUUAUGUUGGGCACUUCUGUGUAUCCAGAGGACAAUUCCCUGGUCUUAGGAAAUCCCUUUGUAAUUAAAACAAUAAUGGCAUGAAAGAUGGCAAAGUAGUGAGAGUGUUGGUGUUGAUAUGACGAUGUGUUAUGUUGGUGAUUAAUGACUUAUCUCUGGGCAUCCUAUGGUGCAAAACCUUACAGAAAAGAUUUCCCCCCUCUUUUACUUGCAACGCAAAAGGGUCAAUAUCCUACUCAAGUUCCUCCGAUUCCACAUGAACAAGCACUGUAAUGCUUUCAAGGACACAGCACCAUGUGAACUAAACUCUUUCUUUGUUAAUGUAAAGUUACGUAAUAGUUACUAGUUCUUACAACAUGUAAAGAAUAGCAUACAGGCAAUAUUUUUAUCCACAAAUCAGGUCAGUCAUUUUAGUGAGGAUAUGUGGUAUAAGCAGAAAAGGAAUCAUUGUUCUCUUCCAACACCUUGUACUCUCAAACUAUGUACAAUGAUGAAAAUGGAGGGAACAGUUAGCCAGACAUUGCCAAACUCAGAACUAUUCAGAAUGUAAGUCUAGGACUGCACAUAGGAACAUUAUUAUGGCACAUGUUACAACCUUUGUACAUAGAUAGAUGUAACCAAUCAGAGUAAGAAAAUAUGAAUUCUGUUUUAGUCAUUGCACUGUCAAUAUAUUGUAAACAGAUGUGAUGAGAAAAUCUAAACAUCUAGCUUCUAGUAACAGCCUUUUUGUUGUAAACAAAAUCAGCCAAAGCACGCUCAGGUGACAUGAAUGACACUGUUGCUGAUCUGUCAAUCAUCGUAUAAAGCCCACCCAGAUGAUCUGAUUGGUGCUCACAGUUCUCAUACGAGGCAUAGGUUUCUUAAUGGAGCAUGUUCAGACCGAAUUUCCCAACCUCACAUUUUGUGGGUGGGAUCAAUUCAGUCUAGCUUCCAGGCUAGGGAACAAUUUGAGGAGACUAAACACUGCCUGGGACACCGUAUGUCGGUUUGCAAAUGAAGACGACCGUAACCUUGCUGUCCCACUCAUUACAUGACAUUAUACAGUAUGACAAUAAAACAUUACUGGAAAUGUGAAAAUCCCUUGAAGUGUGCAGUUUUUGCAGAUUAUAUAAUAUCACAGAUUUCAGUUUUGAGAUUAUGUAAUAUAUCUAAUUGAUGGGUAAUUUUAAUGUAAUUUUUUAUAUGGUACUGACAUUUAUACUUCAUGGUACCAGAUUGGCAGGUCUACUUGAGAUUGCCUAACCACUCAGGAAGGUAUGUACAGUCUGUAGUUGUUGGUAUAGGAGUCAAAGUUAGUAUAGCAAAGUCAUUUGUGGUUGCAGAAUUUAUAAUGUGCCAUUCAAAGUCAGCUUGCUCUUCAUUUCAAAAACAUUAUUGUGAUGGCAACAUUACAGAAAUGACACUGAUUUGUUUUGUAAGAAACUUCUUAUUGAGAUUGGGAAAUAUUUUUAAAAUGAUCCAUUGGUGCUUCAGCAAUUUCUUUCCCCUUCAUUCUCUAUUCCCUUUACAUGUCUUCAUGUCCAUUCUCUGCCUGUCUCUGUCUCUCUCUCUUUCUCUCUGUAUGUGUCUUUGUAUCUGACAAUAAAGAAAUGUGUGUUGACAUUGUA